UCCGCUUCCGGGAUAAACACGGCGGUGGCGAUUUCUGUGACCCGCUGUGGUCCGGCUUGACAAUGUCUGACUCUGACAGCGAGGAGGAGGAGGCGGGGGACGGCUGCGACGAGCGACGGCCCACUCCGUUCUCCUUGGCUGGCUUCCUCUUUGGCAAUAUCAAUGAGCAGGGGCAGUUGGAAGGCGAGGGGCUGCUCGACCAGGAAUCAAAAAAGCAUUUGGCAGGGCUUGGAGCGCUAGGUCUGGGGAGCCUUAUCACUGAGAUCACAGCUAGUGAAGAUGACUCCUCUGAGACAGAUGGAACCCAGCUGGAUGAGGAAGGCUGGGUUAAGAGCACCGAGGACGCUGUUGAUUAUUCUGAUAUUAACGAGGUGGCUGAAGAUGAGAGCCGCAGGUACCGGCAGGCAAUGGGCAACCUUCAGCCAGUUCAAAGGACAGAUAAUGAUGACGAUGAUGAUUAUGAUGCUGACUCUGAAGACAUUGAUGCCAAGCUGAUGCCUCCCCCACCCCCACCUCCAGUCCCACUGAAAAAAGAGGAUGAAAAGGAUCCACCUGGCUCUGGGUCUGAAGAUGGAGAUGGGAUCAUUCUACCCUCCAUUAUUGCUCCUUCCUCUGCUGCCUCCGAGAAGAUGGAUUUCAGCAGUUCCUCUGAUUCCGAAUCAGAGUCUGGAUCCCAGGAAGCCAGACAGGGAGAGUCCAAGGAAGGCAAACUCACUUUGCCGCUGGCAGGAAUCAUGCAGCGAGAUGCUACCAAGCAGCUGCCUAGCGUUACUGAUCUCUUCCCUGAGUUCCGGCCUGGCAAGGUACUGCGCUUUCUGCGUCUCUUUGGCCCUGGGAAAAAUGUCCCAUCUGUCUGGCGUAGUGCCCGAAGGAAGCGUAAAAAGAAGCAUCGGGAGUUAACUCAAGAUGUGCAAAUCCAGGAGGGAGAAGCCACAACUGAGGCAGGGGUGGAAGGCAAAUCUCCCUGGGAAUACGAGUUUGCUCCUCCUCCACCUCCAGAACAGUGCCUUUCAGAUGAUGAGAUCACCAUGAUGGCACCUGUGGAAUCCAAGUUCUCUCAGUCUACUGGAGACGCAGAUAAAGUUGCAGAUACUAGGCCUAAGGUGGCUGAAUGGCGCUAUGGGCCUGCCCAGCUCUGGUAUGACAUGUUGGGCAUCCCUGAAGAUGGCAGUGGUUUUGAUUAUGGUUUCAAGCGGAAAGAGCCAAAUGAGGAGGAGGAGCCUGUGGGCACUGAGGCUGAGAAGGAUGAAUUGCUGGCAGACGAACACUUCCUCAUGGUUACCCAGUUGCAGUGGGAAGAUGAUGUAAUCUGGAACGGAGAGGACAUCAAGCACAAGGGGACCAAAACGCAGCGAGCGAGUCUGGCAGGUUGGCUGCCCUCCAGCAUGACCAGGAAUGCAACUGCUUACAAUGCUCAGCAAGGGCUGAACCGCAGUGGCUCCCUGCUCAACUUGCCUGUUCCUCUGGUCCAGAAGCCCAGCGUGGCAGCAGUCUUGGGCCUUGCCAAGGGCAAAGAGAAGCAGCUCCCUGAACAGCAAGUGUCUCUGGAUGACGAUAAGCCGUGGUUCUCUAUCUUCCCCAUUGAUAAUGAAGAGCUGGUCUACGGCCGUUGGGAAGACAACAUCAUCUGGGAUGAUGAGGCAAUGGAGACAGUCUUGGUACCACCAGUUCUGACCCUUGAUCCUAAUGAUGAAAAUAUUAUCCUGGAAAUUCCUGUUGAGAAGGAAGAGAUGACCUUGAACUCUCCUUCCAAGGAGAACAAGAAAGAAUCUUCUCUGAAGAAGAGCCGGAUCCUUUUGGGCAAAACCGGAGUAAUUAAGGAAGAGCCUCAACAGAAUAUGUCUCAGCCGGAGGUGAAGGACCCCUGGAAUCUCUCCAAUGAUGAAUUUUACUAUCCCAAGCAGCAGGGGCUUCGAGGAACCUUUGGAGGCAACAUCAUCCAGCACUCCAUCCCUGCAGUGGAGCUUCGUCAGCCCUUCUUCCCCACCCAUAUGGGCCCAAUGAAGUUGCGCCAGUUCCAUCGUCCUCCCUUAAAGAAAUAUUCCUUUGGAGCCUUGUCCCAGCCUGGUGCCCAUGCAGUGCAGCCGCUACUGAAGCACAUCAAGAAGAAAGCCAAGAUGAGAGAACAGGAGCGGCAGGCUUCUGGAGGUGGGGAGAUGUUCUUCAUGCGUACCCCCCAGGACCUCACUGGUAAGGAUGGGGACCUUAUCCUGGCGGAAUACAGUGAGGAGAAUGCCCCCCUGAUGAUGCAGGUGGGGAUGGCAACCAAAAUCAAGAACUACUACAAACGGAAGCCGGGCAAAGAUCCUGGGGCCCCAGACUGUAAAUAUGGGGAGACUGUGUACUGCCAUACCUCUCCCUUUUUAGGCUCUCUCCACCCAGGCCAGCUGCUUCAGGCGUUUGAAAACAAUCUCUUCCGGGCACCAAUCUAUCUGCACAAGAUGCCUGAAACAGACUUCCUAAUUAUCAGGACACGGCAAGGGUAUUACAUCCGAGAACUGGUGGAUAUCUUUGUGGUUGGCCAGGAAUGUUGUCUCUUUGAAGUUCCUGGUCCCAAUUCCAAACGAGCCAAUACUCACAUUCGAGACUUCCUGCAGGUCUUCAUCUAUCGCUUGUUCUGGAAGAGCAGGGAUCGACCCCGGAGGAUUCGCAUGGAGGACAUCAAGAAGGCUUUCCCUUCCCACUCAGAAAGUAGUAUUCGGAAGCGGCUGAAGCUCUGUGCAGACUUCAAACGUACGGGAAUGGACUCCAACUGGUGGGUUCUGAAGCCAGACUUCCGCUUGCCAACUGAAGAGGAGAUUCGAGCUAUGGUGUCACCGGAGCAGUGCUGUGCCUAUUACAGCAUGAUCUCAGCAGAGCAGCGCUUAAAGGAUGCAGGGUACGGGGAGAAAUCCUUUUUUGCACCAGAAGAAGAGAACGAGGAAGAUUUCCAGAUGAAGAUAGAUGACGAGGUGCGUACAGCUCCUUGGAACACCACUCGGGCCUUCAUAGCAGCAAUGAAAGGCAAAUGUCUCCUGGAAGUGACUGGAGUCGCAGAUCCCACUGGGUGCGGAGAAGGAUUUUCCUAUGUAAAGAUCCCCAACAAGCCAACACAACAAAAGCAAGAUGAUAAGGAGCCACAACCCGUUAAGAAGACGGUGACUGGAACGGAUGCUGAUCUUCGGCGCCUGUCUCUCAAAAAUGCAAAACAGCUUCUUCGCAAGUUUGGAGUACCUGAAGAGGAGAUUAAGAAACUUUCCCGCUGGGAGGUGAUUGAUGUCGUCCGCACUAUGUCCACAGAGCAGGCUCGGUCAGGUGAGGGGCCUAUGAGCAAAUUUGCCCGUGGGUCCCGUUUCUCUGUGGCAGAACACCAGGAGAGGUACAAAGAGGAGUGCCAGCGCAUCUUUGACUUACAAAACAAGGUUCUGGAAUCGACUGAGAUCUUAUCAACUGACACGGACAGCAGCUCUGCCGAGGACAGUGACUUUGAGGAGAUGGGGAAGAAUAUAGAAAACAUGCUUCAGAACAAGAAAACCAGCUCUCAACUGUCCCGGGAGAGGGAGGAGCAAGAGAGGAAGGAGCUACAGCGGAUGCUUCUUGGAGAAGACAGUGGCAAUGACAAGGAAAGGACCAAGAAGGACAGAAGGGACAAGAAAGGGUUGUCAUCUACUCCGAACAACAAGGACGAUGACACAGCCUCAGUGACCAGCCUCAACUCCUCUGCCACUGGUCGGCGUCUGAAAAUCUACCGCACGUUUCGCGAUGAAGAUGGGAAGGAAUAUGUAAGAUGCGAGACCGUCCGCAAGCCCUCAGUCAUUGAUGCCUACAGCAGGAUACGGACCACUAAAGAUGAAGAGUUCAUCAAGCUGACAUCCCCAGAUGGCUUGAUCAGUAUACAUUCACUCUGUAAGAGCUGGUUCUUAAUUACCUCCUUUUCUGCUCUUAUUUGCUUUCAGUCUUGGCCCUUUCAUCAUCCUGUUAAUAAAAAAUUUGUGCCAGAUUACCACAAAGUCAUCGUGAGCCCAAUGGAUCUGGAGACAAUUCGCAAGAAUAUCUCUAAACACAAAUAUCAGAACCGAGAAAUUUUUCUGGAUGAUGUGAACCUGGUCCUUGCCAACAGUAUCAAAUACAAUGGGCCUGACAGCCAGUACACAAAAACAGCUCAAGAAAUAGUAAAUAUUUGUUACCAGACCCUAGCAGAGUAUGAUGAGCAUUUGACACAGCUUGAGAGGGAUAUCUCUACUGCAAAAGAAGCAGCUUUGGAGGAGGCAGAUCUGGAGAGCCUGGACCCCAUGACACCUGGACCCUAUACCCCUCAGCCGCCAGAUCUGUAUGACACCAAUACCUCUCUCAGCAUGUCCCGUGAUGCCUCAGUCUAUCAAGAUGAGAGCAAUUUGUCUGCUAUGGACACUCCCACUACCACCCCUGAGAAGCGGGGAAUGCAGAUGCGGCAGGGCCGAGGUAGGCUGGGCGAGGAAGACUCUGACGUAGAUAUUGAAGGGUUUGAUGAGGAUGAGGAUGGGAAGCCUAAGACUCCAGCCCCAGAAGUGGAAGAUGGAGAUGGAGACCUUGCAGAUGAAGAAGAGGGCUCAGCACAGCAGCCACAAGCCAGUGUGCUUUAUGAAGACUUGCUCAUGUCAGAUGGAGAAGAUGACGAUGGCAGUGAUGAAGAAGGGGAUAACCCUUUCUCAUCCAUUCAGCUUAGUGAAAGUGGGAGUGAUUCAGACGUGGAAUCCAGUGCAAUGAGACCCAAGCAGCCUCAUGUCCUUCAAGAAAAUACACGGAUGGGCAUGGAUAAUGAAGAGAGUAUGAUGUCCUAUGAAGGAACUGGAGGAGAGACUUCACAUAAUUUGGAGGAUAGCAAUGCCAGUUAUGGCAGUUAUGAAGAACCAGAUCCAAAGUCUAACACCCGAGAUACCAGUUUCAGCAGCAUUGGGGGUUAUGAGAUCUCUGAAGAGGAAGAAGAGGAGGAAGAACAGCGGUGUGGUCCAAGUGUAUUGAGUCAAGUUCAUCUUUCAGAGGAUGAGGAAGAUAGUGAGGACUUUCAUUCCAUUGCAGGAGACAGUGAUUUGGAUUCCGAUGAAUGAGCUCAUCAGUGAAUGGAAAUAAAGUCUGCAGCCCAUCUAAGGGUUAAAUUUUUCUAUUCAGGACAAACAGUGCUGCUAAUCAGAGACUUCUUGUUCAUUCUUCAUUUUUAUUGUGUUCAUGUGUAUUGCAAGUGAAUGUAAAGUGAAUGAGAUGACUUGACAUGGAGGGCAUCUUGCUGAAGGUAUAAUUUCACCACUAAAUGCAACAUCGAUGUAUGAGUGAUGUAGCUUUUUGUUCUUAUCAGCUAAAAAUGAUGCAACCAUGAUCAGCUCUCAACAGCUGUUUUGUAUAGUGAUACUAAUACUACUUGCCUAUGAAGUUUUUUUGCUUCCCAUUGUGACUUAUGGGCUUUUGUUUACAUCUGUUGAAGCACUUGACCCAAAUGUGAUUAAACUUGUUUUUACAUAGCCAA